AUGACUCAAUCAUCGGUAAGUACCGGAAUAAUAAACAACGAAAUAUAAAACAUGUUUACAUUUAUAUAUUUUAACCGUCGGAUUUUAUUUUACACAGGGUAUCGCACACAUUUUCGGUUCUGCCGUUUACAGUUUGAACCCGGAAAAUUGUGAUGCUAUGUAUAGGAAAAUUAGAGCACUGCCGGUGACGAAAAGAAGUCACCUAAACGUCGUCGCCGGCGUAAUACGCUCUAAAGUAAGAACGAUUAUAGAUAAUAAGCAUCGAGCACGGAUAUUUUUUAACGUGAUCAAUGAUCGUAAUGUCGCGCGUAUUACAUCCCGUUUAGGCUAUGGCACGUCCGAAGUAUAUUAAAUUGUAUGCGACAAUGUGCGCUAGGUUGAUUAACGGCGGCUUUGACGGUGCGCGUCCCGGUUCUGGGCCGGCAUUCCAAACAGCAUUGCUACCGAAAUGUUACGACGAUCUUAAAGAAUGUUGCAAGAUAUCGGAGGUACCGUCAGCGUUGUUAAGCAUUUGAGUAAAAGUAUACGAGUGUAUUGGUGUUUAAAUUCUUUUCCAAGAAUUUAAUACGUAUUUUAAAAUACUGUUCAUUUAUAAGUAUUGGAAUACAUUUUAAAUAGUUGUUUCCACCAUUCAAUACUGGAGUAAUAAAUACUUAACCUAAAAUACUUUUUCUGAAUUUUCAAUAUAAAUCGAUGUAUGACUAUGUUAACUAUCACCGUUAAAAAAUUAUUAUGUCUUGCCCAAAAGUUAAAAUAUCGAAAGACCAUCAACGGUAGGGCACGCAAUACCAUUCAGAAGUUUGGCAACAAGUUAAUUUGCUUUACCGAACUCAAAUUUUUCUAUGUCUCGCGUGUGCAAGACGGAGACAGUCGAAUAUAUCGGUGCGGCGUCCUUUCAAGAUGAUAACAAUAAUAUUGCCGAAUAACUGAGUUAUAUUCGUUAUAAAUUAUAAUUGUAUUAUUAAUUUAUCGUUUGUUUGAAAUGCACGCCACAUUCUACGGCAUGCCGUUGACGGCGGUCAGGCCGGCACACCCACUUUUUCUCCGAUAAUUAUGCAAUAUUUUAUAAUCAAACAUUUUGUAUUAAUAACCGAAUACGGUAAUAACAAACAUUUUUAUUAUUCAUCUCUCUGGCUUGCCCAGAGGAAUAUUUCUAGCUACGCCUCUGGGCAAUCUCCUCUCGGUUGUUAUACUAUGCUAACCUAGUACCGUACGUGUUUUGGAUUUUUCGUAUUUUUCGAUUUUAGAUAAUUAUAUAUUAUUUAUUGGGCCGUUACGCUUAUUCAAGUCGCGUUCGCCUCCACUGUCAUUUGGACAUUCGAAAAAUUACUAUAAUUUGUUGCUCGCGAUUUUUUUUUAAUAUAAUAUACUUAAUAUAAUAUUUCAAAAUUAUUUUUUACAACACCGGUCACUGAGUAUCGACACAAAAUCUAAUAUUAAAUUUCGAUUCCCGUAUAAAAACUACGUUAUUAAUACUCAAUAAUCAUGUUUUAGACGAGGCAAUGCUCGGAACGCCGGGCCAAUGAUUUCAUAUCGAAUUGUCAGUACGUUUUCAAUAUUUAUAAUUAUAAUAUACAUCGCGAUUGUUUUUUUAUUUUAUUUGAUAUUAUUUAUGCGUUUUGCCGUUUUAUAGGUUCAUAGGCGAAUUGUUCAAAUUCGGGGUUUAUCCCAAAGAAAUAGUAUGGUCGUUCGUAAACGAUCUGGUGAAUGGACACGCUUGUGAAGUACAAGUCCGAUGCUUGUGCGCCCUCUUGACGUUGGUCGCACCGAAACUGUCUGAGGUAAAAUACGCAUUUGUAUAAAAAAAAAAAUUGAAUAACAUUAUAAUAUGCGCACUCGAUAAUAACGCAUGUUAAAAUCAAUAACCAAUAGACUUACUUCGUGACAAGGGAGAUGUUGUUAGAAAUGCAAAGGAAUUUAAACUCUACAAUUACUUCAGUAUCCGACGUGCUCGACGACGAAUAUGGCACCUCCGUCAUAACCGAGUGCAGGGAAGAAGUGAAUGGCGAUGCGAUGCAGCCCGCGAUCGAAACAUCGAUCGAUUCGGUCAAUCCGGAACCCAGUAGCGAUUCGAUAAUCAUAUCCGCAAAUCGCGAUAUCACCGCCAAUAACGACUCGCUUACGUUCAAUGAGGCCCAAGGUGGUUUCGCGUUUCGUCAGCGUUAUUACACUACAUUGAGCUAUAGUUCAGUUGGAUUCCCAUUGACGGGAAGUUUAUUUUCACCCAUAUCUGAAAAAUGUUUUAAUUCGAAACAAGGACCGUUGCCAGGAGUUUCACUGGAUAUGAUCGAUUCAUCAAUUCCCGAUGGCCCGACACGUGAUAGGUGGUCCGUAGGAGCUUUACUAUCCUCAAAAUCUACAGUCACAGGAGUUCUAGUGGGAUUUAGUAUUGCUUGGUUAGUUAAAAUUGUUCCUGCAGUUUUGCGUAAAUGGGUUUUUUAA